UUUCUUUUCAUCCAAAUAUCCAAAGCCUUUUAGCAAUUCUGAAAUUUCACAAUGAAGUCUCUGUUCCUCUACUUGCUCUCAUUCUUUUGGCUUGCUUUUGUAGUAAGCCAUGCAGCGAUAUCUCCAGAAGUUUAUUGGAAAAUAAAAUUACCCAAUACUCAAAUACCUAAAGUGAUCAAAGAUGUUCUUUCCCCCACAGAUCAUAAAUCGAAUAACAAUCAGAAAGUAUAUAUCGGUAACUUUGAUUUUGGAAUGUGGCCUUGGCAUCAUGCUGCUACACAGAAAGAGAUUCGUGAGCUUAAAGACGAUCACAAUAAUUUUCUUUACAAACCUUACUUCUUCGAAAACGACUUGAAGAAAGGAAAUAUCAUCAACUUUCCUACGUUCAAUGAUAAAAACGAUGCACCAUUUCUGCCUCACCAAUCAGCCAUUCCCUUCUCAUCGAAAAAAAUUCCAGAAAUUCUAAACUAUUUCUCAAUCGAUAGUAAUUCAAAGGAUGCUCAGACGAUUAAGGAAACAAUCGGUUUAUGUGAAGAGCCAGAUCACCACAAAGAGAAGAAAUUUUGUGCAACCUCAUUAGAGUCGAUGGUAGAUUUCAUGUUAUCCGAGCUAGGAACGAAUAAUAUCGAAGCAAUUACAACGGAGGUAGAAGGGGAAAGUAGUCAAAUAUUUCAGAGAUACACCAUGGAAAAAGUUGAAGAAAUUGCCGAUGGGAAUAACAUGGUAUGCCACAAAGUAAACUAUCCAUACGCAGUGCAUUAUUGUCAUGUUGGAGGAAGAACGAAGACGUUCAUGGUAACAAUGAUAGGAGUUGAUGGAACAAAAGUUAAAGCGCUAUCAGUAUGUCACCAAGAUACUUCUCUGUGGACGCCAAAGGGAUUACCUUUUGUAGUGCUAAAUGUUAAGCCUGGAACUAUCCCUAUCUGUCAUUUCCUUCCAAAUGAUCAAAUUGUCAUUUUCCCUUCCAAAAAGGCCACUAAUUAGGCUAUUAUUUGUAUGAUAUUAUCAUAAUAAUAGAAAUGAAUAUGGGUUCAUGCUAUUUA